GUGCGCCCGCGAUUUCGUUGUAUUUCAGACAAAAUGGCGGAUGAUAGCUCAGAUAAGAGUGGUAAAACAUUAGAGCCAAAAUACUUAACAAAACAGACUUUGUUUCCCGUAAUCGGAGCUAGUAAGAGUAAGGGGUCUGGUAGCCUUCUUUUCCCAUGUUCUUCUUUUAAAGUUGAUGAACGCGCGGCAGGUAUUGGUAAAGGUAAGGGGAAACUUUUUCCACUUUAUCACGACUUUUUUUAAUUCCCCACAUUAGACAAAGAACCUUAUCUCAAAGUCCAUAAAACCGAUUAGUUAGUGAAUUAUCGGUUUAUCGUGCACUCCUUUAAACGUAGUUAGUCCGUUAAAGUUAUACAAGUGAAGAAUUAUUGUAUUAACCACAUAUGUUACUGGUCAUUUGGUCUGGAAACCCUGAUGGCUAUCCCUCAAGUGUGUUUAUAGUGAGAAUAAUAUUGAAGACUACUUAUACACUAGAGGUGUUUUCUUUGUUAUAUUCGUUGGGGUUUUGUAUGUCUCGAGGAAUCUUUCCUGAAUAUUCUUUUUUUACAAUGAUUUUUAAUGGUGCUUAUUUUAUUUUCCUAUCUUUUUUCAAAGGAGACAAUCAACCAAGCUGGCUUAGAAAUGAAAGCUACAAGAAUGUUUCAUUUAAUAAAAGUGAUCAAGGUGAUACUAACAUCAAGGAUCAGAGACAGCUCCCAUAUGAAUUUUCAGAAGACACUGAUCACCAGUUUCUGGGACCAGGAGAGAAGCGUACUUACUCUGAAAUCCCCAGUUCAGAAGAUGAAGAAAGAGAACAUUAUAGGAAAGAACAUGAUAGGAAGGAGAGUUCAAGGAGACACCAUCGUGAUAAAAGGAAACACAAGCAUAAAAAGAAACACAAGCAAAAGCAUGAUAAAUCGGAGAAGAAGGCUCGGAUCAGUGAUGAUAGUGAUAAGCCUGAUACAAUUUGGAGAGAAGAAGCUCUGCUCAACCCUGAGAAAGCUUACAGACUGAGUAAAAAACCUGAUUUAGCAAAUCGUAUGUAUGACUCUUUAUACCGACUGGACGUUGCGUUGUAUAAGAUGAAGUCAAAUUUAACUUGUCUGGGCAUCAGCAAACAUCAAGUUAUUGAACUGUCUGAAAAGCGAGGGAAGAAAAGCAAAAAGGCCAGAGAUAUCAUUUCCAGAUAUUGGAACAUAAAAGAUGAUAAGCUAGACGAAGUUGAGGAGGGAAUUCCUACUAUAAUGCCUUGUGUGUUAAAAAGCAAAGAACUGGAUGUUUCUUUUAAUGAUAGCAGUGGUUAUAUUUCCCUUGAGUUACCUGGGGCAUCUGAGAAAGUUAGAAAUGAUCACUCUGUAGAUGCAGUGAAAGAAUCAAAAUAUACUGAUGCUGAUUGUCAAGACUUUGAAUUGCGCGAAAAAACUGCUGAGCUCAACAAAAUUUUACGUGAAAAUCCCCAUGACAUUCAAGCAUGGCUUGAUCUUGUUAAUUUCCAAGAAGAGGUUGUCUGGAAGGAAGAUUCUGUUAAAUCAAGCUUUACAGCAACUGGGCGAGAAAAGAGAAAAGCUGCUACAAGAACUAUCAUAGAGAAGAAAAUUGCAGUCUUUGAAAAAGCACUGCAACAAAAUCCAUCUUCUGUAGAACUAAUAAUGGGUCACUUGGACCUCUGCAGUGGGAUCAUGGAAGGUGAAGAAUUGGUGCAGAAAUGGAAGAAAGUGACUUUUGUGCAUCCAAAUAACAUUACAUUAUGGUAUCAUUAUUUGCGCUUUGUGCAAUCAAGAUUUUCUGUGUUUUCAUUUAGUAACACAUCUGCAGUAUAUGGUAAAUGUUUGAGCACUCUAUCAGCGAUCAAAGAAGGGACUUUUACCUCUCAUGAAGCUGAUGAGGAUAUAGAGAGUGGAAUACUGGACUUGUUCAUUCAGCAGUGUCAGUUUGCGAGGCAGUCAGGUAAUGUAUGAUCAUUAAGACUGUUUAAACAGGACUACCAAAAGAUACUGUCUGAUAGUUUUUUUCCUCAUAUUCUCUUUCUUUAAUGGACACAUCUAGCUGUAAUCCAAAAAAGUAAAGAAAAUAAUAUUUCAUGAGUGGCAAACCCCUAUACAACUUCAAUAGAAAAAUGUGAUCAUAAAUCGUGUUAAAUUACUUGGCUGAAGGAGGAAACAACAUUUUUCUUUGAGUGUUGAAAAAUGGUAAUGUUCUAUUUAUCAUAUAUCAAACACCAAUGAAAUAACAAAUCAUUUCACUUAUAUAGUUUUUUUGUUGCAAAAGGUGCAAUUUGUUGUGUAACCAUAGCAUUUGUGAUCUUUUCACAUGUGAAGUUAUCUUAUUCUAAUGUGUGAAGAUAUCAUGUUGUCAUGCAAAAGCUCACCUAUUAUUUCCUUGGUGUUUAUAUAAAUAUUCCUACUAUUGUAUUGUCCAGUAAGUUGUCAGUCUUUUACAGCACUGACUGGACUGGGUAGCCUUUUAAUAGCGGACAUAUAGGGCAUUUCUUUCAGAAGAUAAAACUUAAUGUAACAUGGCUAGGUUGAUGACUGUUUUACAAUGUCAAUAGCCUGCGUAGCAGGCGCUUGGAAGUAGUGGGCACAAGAAAAAACGGGCGCGCGAGAAGGAGACAUGCGAGGGGAGAGGAAGCGCCUGCACGGAAGGCCCCCGAAAAUCGUUUCCCGCCCCCUCUCUAAUUACUUGGCAGCCGUUGCGUGAUCUGUCAAAAUUUUUGACAGAAAACGACUGACCUCGCACAAACAAAGCAAGCCGCCAAAAAGCGUUGUACAUUUUAUCUUCGGUCUAAAUAUAUCUGUUAUAAAGAUCAGCUGGGUUAUCUGAUUAUAGAGCAAUGGAGCAAUAAACCGAUGGUUAACACACAGCUCUAAAUCGUUUUUUAACGUGGGCACGAUAAAUAGGAAAUAACAAAGUCAAAACUGGGUAUCUUUUAAAGAAUGCGUGCUGUGUAUUAUAAAAACUAAAAAUAUUGUUCUGGUCAGACACCAACGAUCACAGUGUACGUGGAAAAUGACCAUAUUGCUUUUACUGCGCUAACUGGCAGCCGUUUUUGGAGCAGACAUGUCUUACUAAGCGGACCUAAACCUCAGAACACAAACAGUACCGACAUGUUUUCUACUGCAGUAAUAAGACAUAAACAACAGACCUCAGGUCGCCUCCAAACGGCGAAUAAUACUAUAGUGAAAUGUUUUUUUCAAAUUCAUGCCCCUGGUAAGUGUUUCAUUUCAUCAAUCAUGUCCAAGUUUUGAUGGUAUACGUUCCAUCGACAGCACAGGCCGCCAAGUUCUCCUGAGCAAAGAAUAUUUCCUCUGAUCUUCAUUGCAAAGAUUCGACAAAUCUUUUGUCUCUUGCCACUUCUGUUGAUGCGUGUCCGAUGUCAAUUCUUUCCAUCGUGAAUACCGUUUGAACACUCCAACUUUUCUUUGAGAUUACAGCCACAUAGUCCCAUUAAACCAGAUUGAAGUGACCUCCGAGACCUGAACUUCGAUUGUAUACAAUUUAGUGGUUUCAGGACCCAGUGGUGUAAUGCAAGAUCUUCUCUACGUUGUCCAUGUACUAUUGAUUGACAGUUUUCUCGCCCCACGCGGUUAAUUUUUCCCUCGGGAGCCUCUCGACCAAUUGGAAAUAUCCGCACUCACAGAGUGCGAGUUGAAACGAUUUUCGGGGGCCUUCCGUGCAGGCGCUCCGUCACCCCUUGCGUGUCUCCCUCGCGCGCGCCCGUUCUCUCUUUCGCCCGCUACUUCCAAGUGCCUGCUACGCAGGCUACAAUGUCAAAUUAACUCGAUCGGUGGUUUGUGCUGUCCAUUCCUAAAAUUAAUCACUCGGAAAAAGCUGUUGCAUUACCACUGCAUUUGGUUUGUCAGAUUGACACUUUGAUUUUGUGUCUUGUUUUUAGGUCACACAGAAAAGGCCAUUGCACUGCUACAGGCCUUGGUUGAGCUAAACUGUUUUUGCUCAGCUGAUCUGGAGAAGAACACCCCUGUUGGUGGACAGAUAGCUUUUCUGGAGGCAUUCUGGCAUAGUGGACAACCAAGGUAAAGAAAUAAAACAAUCCAUGAACCUCACAACGUUGUACAGAUGUCUUCUCAGCUUAGAAAGAUGAAAGUUGAAUUCUUGUGUUACCAGUAUUUGCAGUCUUGAAAUCUAACAUAAGCUUCCUUAUGUUAAUUAAGGUUUGGUGAGAAUGGUGCAGUUGGAUGGAAGACAUGGAUGGCUAAAGAAAGGGAAAGUAUAUCAUGUGAGACCCUUAUUGAUAUCAGAGCAAUUUUCAAGUCAUUUUCCUCAAGAAAAACAGGCAACAGUGAUUCUCUUGAUGAGGCGGAGGAGGAGAUGACCAUUACAAGAGAUCAACCUCUCUGGAAGAAUUGGUUGCAAGUUGAAUCAUCCCGUGACAGAAGACAGCUUUUUCCAUGGCAACCAGAUGGAGAAACAGCACAAACAGAAGAGGAUUGUGAUGAUCCUGAAAGGCUGGUACUAUUUGAUGACAUCAGCUCAAGUCUGUUCAAAAUGGCGGAUCCUAUGAGCAAGCUCAAGCUGGUCUUGUCAUUCUUACAAUUUUUUGGAGUUCAAGUACCUUGUCUUAGCUCAUCAACAAGCAAAGAUGUGCAGCAAUUUCUUAAUACAUCACUAGAGCAUGAAUUGCAACUUCUGGGACCUAGCAUUCCCAGGGGAUCUCAGUUUCUUGGUCUUUGGCAGUCAUACUAUUGGAAUGAUGAUGUCCUCUGUAAUGAGGCAAAUCAACAGUGGCCCACACCAGAGGCCUUGACAUUUAUAAGGAAUAUCUUUGGGCAAAGCCUGUCUGUGUUUGAUGGAAGAGAAAGAAGCUUUCUGAUGGUUAUAUGGCUGUGGUAUGAGUUUCAGCUAACAAAGAAUGGACAACCAGCAAAGGAAAGUAAACGGAUGUACAAAGAUGUGCGGAAACUGGCCAAGAGCCUUCUCAAAAUGCCAGAAAACAGGUUUGUAAAUAAUAUGGGCUCUGCCAUACAGUUAUAUAUAGAAAAAAAGCAUCACAGUUGACCUUAACUCAGUGGAACUUGGGAUUAGCUGGAAAUAUGCCUGUCUUGUUGUGGGUGACAAGAGGAACCCACAAUUUUAUCAUAAUCUCCAGCUUGCUAUUACACAUACAGGGCACUUGUUUAGACUUCCACUAAGAAUAAAUGGAAUGCAAGCUGAUCUGAUGUACCUUUGGUCCUUUUAUCACUUGAAAUCUGAUCAUACGUGUUCUGACCAUCUAUCACAUGAAUCUUACGCAAAGCACAGUGUUGGAGCAAAAGAGUUUUGACGUGUAACCUUUGGUUAUUACUGGGUAAUAUUAUUGGGAGUCAAAAGGUUACAGAAAACUAAAUGCAGGUCAUUGCAAAAGUAUAGAUUCCUUACUACUGUACGUAAGUUGUCAGAGUAUUAAAAUAAUCAUUGUUUUUCAGGAAUGAUCUGAAGCUAUGGCAAACCUAUGCAGAGAUUGAGUGGAUAUCCGGCAACAGAGACGAGGCUGUCAGAGUGUUUGACUCAACUCUGAUGAUGGGUGGAGAGAUGUUUCCUGAUGAACAAAGCAGAAGAGCUGCCUUAGCCCCAAUUGUCAGGUACCUGCACUUACCCUUUGCAGCCUUAGUGUAGCAUUGCGCAUCCUUACUACGCAUAAUUUCAAGCGGGAUUAGCGCUCACACAUUAAAACAUGGUGGCUUUUACCCUAAGGAUGGAGCUCCUCAGAGGGCUAAACUAUAUUUUAAUGUUCUCUUAAACAAGUCUGGUGGCCUGUCAUUUGUCUCUCUUUUUUUAAGAUGAGCAGCAGCUAAUUUGAUUCUCUAGAAUAAAUAGAGCCUAUAAUUCUCUGUGCAGAAAAUUAAAAAACCAGGGUGCAAAGAAAAUCAUUUUUAUAGCUUGCCAUUCGGGCAAGCUGAAGCUAGCAUUUACUAGCCCAGACGUCAUUUCAAUUAGCCCCAAAAGCUUUUCGUCGAGCAGAAUUUUUUUUAUUGAUUUCACACUUCUUCUGUUUUACUAAUUCCUCAAAGAACAUCACUUGCCGGUCGGGCAAGUUAAAAACAGAUUUCGCUAGCCCGAUAGCAAAAUCCACUAGCCCCGGGCUAUCGGACACUACUUUCUUUGCACGCUAAAAACAAACAAUUGCCAGAAAUAUGUUCAAAGCAUGUACCUGAAACAUAACUUGUAAAUUAUAAUCACAUAAGUAUUUUAAAAACCUUGUGUAAAUACUGCGUACAAGUUGUUCCUGCUCCUAUAGUAGUAUGGGGACCCCCCAAUUUUCAAUAACCAAUCAGUAAAGUUUGACAAAAAUGAUCUCAUGGCAGGUUCUAUUUCAGAGGAAUGAGCUUAAAAGGGUAAGGGGUUGGACCUUAGGGAGAGCCUCCCUGUAUCUAGAACUUUAAAAAAGGCAGCUUUUGCUGAUGGGACCAGCAUGCUCAACAAAAAAAAUGUGCCAAGCAAUAAUCACACAUACUUUAUAGUUGAUUAUAAUAAAUUAUUAUUCCAUUGAUCUUGACUGCUGAUAAGCAUUUUCUCUUUUGCAUCCACUUAAAUUUUAUAUUUUUCUAGCCUGUUUGGGCGGGCAAAAGCUGCUUGUUUAUGUUCGUACUGUUGUAACCGCCAUCUUUGUUAUGACGGAGGAAGAUUAGGGAGAGUAAAAAUAGUAACCCUAAGGGUAGGUGCUAGGGUGAAAGAAAGGAAAGAGUUCCAACUAUUAAGUCAAUGUACUACUUUUACCAUUUUUGCCUUUUUUCUCCUUAGUUAUUUCUUAAUUAUAAUUAUUCGUUUCUGUAAACUUGUUCAAUCUAUGGCGAGAUAAAUACUACUUCUACUGCUGAUAAGUUAGAAUUUGAUCUUUGGUGGUCCUUACGUUAGGUAACAUUUAAUGUUUAAAUGCUUAGUUGUGUAGUUUGAACCUUUACUCGAAGAGUGAAAUUAACAAGUUUACUUUGUUCUUUUCAUACCAACUUCCCUGUUGGGUUAGACAUUCAGCAGUGGACUAACCUUUGCAUGGAGUGUUGGGUUAACUUCCGAUCCAACAACAGCUGAAAAUGCAUAAUAAUUAAAAUAAUUUUUGAUUGAUUAUUAGAUCAUAUGCUGAACUAGAAGUGGGUAUCACUACAGACUUAAGGAAGUCCCAACCUUUGGCAGGUGCAGAGGGUAACAAGAAAGCACUGCAGAUACUGACAACUUUUGCAGAGGGAGCUUUGUUCCAAACUGCCUUUUCCAACUCAUCAGCAUUCACAUCAGCUGUUCAACUGCUUAAAGCACGCAGGGUUUAUCAAAAGAUCCACCAAAGCAUGGUUGAAACAGGUGAAUGUCAGACAAAGGAGACACUGAUAUCAGACUGUGGUCUUGCCUCUGGAAGUUUGGCAGUCCAUCUAGAAGCUUGCUGUGUUCUUUUUGAGUACCUAAACACUGGCAUCAACAGUGUAUUGUGCAUGUGUAAUGACUUUUUGUCAAACCCAUCUGGUCUCAGUGAGCUGGACAUUGAGCUCAUUCUCAGCUCUUAUAUCAAACUUUUCAAAUUUCACUGCAACACUGGCAGAACAUUAACUCUGAAGGACACGAGACAUAUUCUGCACUCUGCACUGGAGAAGUUUCCUAAUAAUCAAGAAUUCAUUUCAUUUUACAUCCAGCAAGAGUCAAAGUCUGUUCUGACUGGUGAAAUAAGAAGAACGCUUGACAAGGUGACGCAGAAAGCAACCACACCCAUCCCUUGGAUCUUUGCUCUUCAUUACGAGCAGUGUAGGUCACAGUCUGUUGCGUCUGUCAUGGAGUGUACUGAUCCAAUGGCAACUGUCUUGGAAGAAAACUCCACACCAGUCGUUACUUCUCUUCCUAUUACAGGGGUGGUUAAUCGUCAGUACUCACUGUUUGAAAGAGCAAUAGCCAGUCCAUCAGCAAGACAUUGUGUGGCAUUAUGGAGAAUGUUUAUGAAAUUUGAGGUAACUAAAGCAUAAAACUGUUAAAGUUCUUGCAAUUUCACGUUAGGUUGGUGUUUGCUAGGGACAUGGUUACAACUGUAAUAAUAUUGUAAGAGCACUUAUGAUUGGCAAAAAAAGGAAUGGGAUUAAUUUUAUAAGCAGACAGAAUUAGAGUCGCAAGAAUCAGAAUGUUCCAUCGGUUAGUAACGUCUGCCAAGCACGGCUGAUAUCUUUAAUUGGGGCUCCCAAUGGACUCAAUGUAUUUCCAGAAGUGUGAUUCGAAUUUUCUUUCAUCGUGAUUGGCAAAUGGACAAUGGCAUUUUUAUCAGCCAAUCACGGCAUGAGUCAAAUCCCAGUAGGCAGGUGGGGGCCUGGAACAAGUAUUUUGAUGCUGUUUCACAGACAGACUUAACCAGAGUCUGUGGCAGGGAGUGAGGCUAAUUCAUGUAAAAACUACACAGUUUCAAAAAUAUCCAGAUUCAUGUGGAUUGGGCCUUAGAUUGUAGAAGCAAAAGCAGUUCUAAGUGGAUAAAUAAAUCAAUCAUGAUCACUUCCAUGCAUUGUGAUUGGUUUACACUGUAGUUCUUCCACUUCUGCUAGCAACCCUGUCAGUCUGGUUCUCAUUUGAUCAUAAGCAACAGUUGUAAGUAGAAGUGGACCUCUGGAAUAAAUGACACUAGGGCUUGGACUCUUGCUCUGGCCAUCGCUUGUGAAAACCAGCCUCUAAUAACAGUACUGCCGUUUACUUCCAAUGAUACUUCCUUGUUACUCGUAAUAACCAAAGGUUACUGAGUGCGGGCGACAACGAUUGAAGGUCAAAACGUUUUUGCUCAAAUGCUGUGCUUUGCAUAAGUUUCACGUGAUUGAUAGUCAAAACGUGUAAUCAGAUGACAAGUGAUAGAAGGUCCAAACACAUGUGAUCAAAUUGCGUUCUGUACAUUCCAUUCAUUCUUAGUGCAAGUUCCAAACGAAUGUUGGCUACAUACAUGCAACACAAGCAUAAUAACAACCUGGCCCCAGUUGUUCAAAAGUUGGAUAACACUAUCCACCUUUAGAACAACUGGGACCUGGAGAUUAGAGUUGUGGGCGCCUCUUGUCACCCGCAAAAAGAAAUGAGAGUAAAAUAUCAGAUACUUUUCUAGAAAUUGCAUUUUGAAAAAACUUAUUUGAAAGAAAAAAUGAUGGGAAUUUUCAUGAAUUUUUAUCACUUAAAGUGUGCUCUUUAGACAUUCUGUUAUUUGAAUCCAAUUAAUGGUAGCUUUUCUAUUCUUUCAGUAUCUCAACUUAUGAUUUAAUUUACACUGCUGUACUGGUAAUCUGGCUUGUAGUCUUUGAAUUAUAUGUGGCAUUGUUUUCAUUUUAAUAAACUAAAGAUGGCAUAAAUAAUGCAGCUCUCUUAAGUUCUUUUAAUUAACUCUUUUUAGUAUUUAUUUGCACUUGUUUUGGAAAUGUUUUCAGUCACAACGUGGAAAGGAGAAAGUCAAGUCUGUAUUUUACCAAGCUCUACAAAAUUGUCCCUGGGCCAAGGUAAAACCCUUUGUUUUUUGGUGACAGUUAAGGAAGUUGGAUCAUUAUUCGUAUCUGGGUAACCGCCCACCUACUCCUCCCCUAAGCAAACAUUUUGCCCUAAAAAAGUAAGGCAUAGGAGAGGGGUAGGUGAAAAGUUUCCCAGAAACGCAAUGAUCCAGAAAGAUAUGCACUAUUGGGACUAACACUAAGGGCACUUUCCAUUUAGGGAAGGUACGUUUUUAAAGGUUAAUUGGGGGCGGGGGGAGGGCUAGGGCUUCAGAGGGGAGGGUGAUCCAAAAAAUUGGGACCCUUGGGGAGGGUCAACCCUUAUUUUAAAAGGUAUUAAGGGAGGGUCACAGGCUUUUGUGUUGCCUGAGAUGGGGGGUCACGUGUUUACCAGGUAAGGAAAAGGGGAGGGCCAUGAAAUUUUUCAGAAAAAAUGAUGAAAAAUACCCCAAUACCCUAGCCCUACCCCCCCAAUUAAAAACCUACCUUACCUUACCUUUAUCUGAACUGACUGACCAGACCAUCCCCAUCGUAAUGAGAAUUUCAUUUUUAAUCAAAACUAUCAAAUCCUAUUAAUAGUAUGCACAAAGAUGGUUUUUCACAAAUUUCUUGGAAAAAGCCCAUUUCAUUGUCAGAAUGACCGGUCUGACAAUGGUUCGGCCAGCCAGUUUGACCAAGGGAAAGCACCCCAAGUUUCUGUAUCAGAGAAGUGUUAUUAUCUAUUUAUCUAUCUAUUUUGGGCACAGCCGCACUGAUUUGAGAAGUCUACCCCAUUCCUGUCUGUUGGCCAUGACAGGUGCGAGAUCCUGCCUUGAAAGACUGUUGUCACUCUCUAGUCGGUCAAUGAAUAUUGUUGCUGGGUGCCCCCUUGAGUAUCUGCCAUGUUUUGGUUCCCAAAGUUGGGAAACAGUCUCAUUCUUGGUUGUCCAACAGUGGCCGCUAAACUGCAGCCAACAUGACUGUUGUCAUAAAUCUAAAAACAUUUCAUGGCUGAAGAACAGCAGGGGCCAACAAAAGGUGUCUGUUUUAGGGAAGUGUCAGAGUCUUACAGAUGUUUCACUUGAAGUAGAGUGGACCUGUAGAUUACUAUUGUCUUUUUUAUUUCUUUAAAAGAUGCAAAUCAGUGUGAAUCAACUGGAAUAUUUUUAAUUGAGUAAUAAAAUUAUCAAGUUCUGCCUGUUGUCAAAUGUCAGUUAAGGAGUUUAGUUGCAACAAGCUGUUUACAGACAGUGGGUCAUUAAAGGAUUUUCUUUUUUGAAGGUUUUGUACCUUGAUGCUGCACAGAAUUUACCAGAGGAUGUUCAGGACAUAGUUGAUUUAAUGACAGAGAAAGAAAUCAGACUGCGUGCUCCACUUGAAGAAAUUGAACUUCUCCUUCAUGAUUAG